AAUAGAUACAGAUUUCCUCUCUUAAACCCCAAAUUCUAAAAUCUUACUACUAGUUUUCAAGCAUCGCCGCAUCUGCGAUUCCCCGCCGUAACCCGUACAACACGGAGGCGCAAGUAUGGGGAAAGACGGCGACAGCGAGCAGCCACACAAGUCUCAUAGGAUUCGAAAGUCUGGAGCUUCCGCGAAGAAGAAAUCGAAGUCGAAGCCGGCCGAAGGCCUUUCGAAGGAGCAGCAGAAGAUAAACAAUCCUAAGGCGUUUGCGUUCACUUCUUCUGUGAAAGCCAAGCGGCUCCAAUCACGAGCUACAGAGAAGGAGCAGAAAAGGCUUCAUGUACCAACAAUUGAUCGGAAUACAGGAGAACCUGCUCCAUUUGUUGUUGUAGUUCAGGGACCUCCUCAGGUGGGGAAGUCAUUGCUGAUCAAGUGUCUAGUAAAACAUUACACAAAGCACAAUUUACCUGAAGUUCGUGGACCAAUUACAAUCGUAUCAGGCAAGCAACGGAGGCUGCAGUUUGUGGAGUGUCCAAAUGAUAUCAAUGGGAUGAUAGAUUGUGCGAAGUUUGCUGAUUUAGCUUUGCUACUUAUUGAUGGGAGCUAUGGCUUUGAGAUGGAAACAUUUGAGUUUCUUAACAUAUUACAAAAUCAUGGAUUUCCCAGAGUAAUGGGUGUUCUUACUCACCUGGACAAGUUUGAGGAUGUAAAGAAACUUAAGAAAACAAAACAACGACUCAAGCACCGGUUUUGGACUGAGAUCUAUGAUGGAGCAAAAUUAUUUUAUUUAUCUGGCCUUAUUCAUGGAAAGUACACUAAACGUGAAGUACAUAAUCUAGCAAGGUUUAUUUCUGUAAUGAAAUUCCCCCCGUUGUCAUGGAGAGCUUCUCAUCCUUACAUCUUAGUAGAUCGUUUUGAAGAUGUCACACCCCCAGACAAGGUUCACAUGAAUGGCAAAUGUGAUAGAAAUGUUACCUUGUAUGGAUACUUACGAGGCUGCAAUCUGAAGAAGGGAACAAACGCACAUAUUGCUGGCGUGGGUGAUUAUCCUUUGUCUGGAGUAACAGCAUUGGCUGAUCCUUGCCCUCUUCCCUCAGUUGCCAAAAAGAAGGGACUGCGUGAUAAGGAAAAACUAUUUUAUGCCCCUAUGUCCGGCUUAGGGGAACUACUUUAUGACAAAGACGCUGUCUAUAUAAACAUAAAUGAUCACUUUGUACAGUUCUCUAAAGAUGAUGGAGCUAAGGCAGAAGGGACAGAAAAAGGAAAACAACGUGAUGUUGGUGUCGAAUUGGUUAAAUCAUUACAGAACACAAAAUAUUCUGUUGAUGAGAAGUUGGAAAAAAGUUUUAUCUCACUUUUUGGGAAAAAACCUGUCGACAUAUCUGAACCUCCAACUGGUGUGAUUGAGGCUCAGGAAGUUGUCAAUCGGGAUGUACUAUUGGAGCCUGUAGAUCACUAUGAAUCUGACAUGAAAGAUGAUGAUAGUGAAUCAGAUGAAGAGGGUGAUACUGAGGAUGAAAAUGGUCUGGAAUCCUUAGAUAGGGAGAGAGCUUAUAAUAAUCAAUCAUCUUCAAAAUCUAUAGAUGAUAGCUCUGAUGAGGAAACCUUCUAUGAGGCAGAGCAAGAUCGUGUGACACAAGGCAACUUCAAGGAACAGAGUGAUUUGCAUGGGGGAAGGGUGAGGAGAAAAGCUGUUUUUGAAAAUGAAAUGGAUACUGAUAAUAAGGAUUCUGGUGAAGAUGAUGAUUCAAGUGACAAUGAUGAAACAGAAAAAGGAGAUGAAGAUGUGCUUUCUCAUUCUGAUUUUUCAGCUGAUGGAGAAGAAGAUGAGAUGGGUAACAUUUCCAAAUGGAAGGAAUCCUUGUUAGAACGAACUGCCUCUAGACAGAAUAUUAAUCUUAUGCAACUUGUUUAUGGGACGCCUGGAUCAAAUCUUCCUGAUGAUAUGAAGGACGAUGUUGACGAGGAAAGUGAUGACGAAAUUUUUAAGCUGAAAGGGGAAGGAAAAAAGAAAUUGAAGGAAGGAAUAAAUGACAAUGAUGUUGAUAGUGAUGACUGCUCAAAAUUUGUAAGUAGUGGAAGUCUUGAGGAUUGGAAGAGUGAGGACAGGAUUGAAAGUAUUCGUGAUCGUUUUGUCACUGGAGACUGGUCUAAGGCACAACUGAGAAAUCAACUCUCAGAAGGUACCGCUGGUGAUGAAGAUGAAGUCUUUGCUGAAUUUGAAGACUUGGAAACUGGUCAGAAGUAUGAGGGCGAUCAAGCAGAUGACGUUGGUAACUCCAGCAAGGAUGAUGCCUUGGCUGCUGCGGAACGAAAGCUGAAAAAAUUGGCUCUUCGUGCAAAAUUUGAUGCUCAAUACAAUGGUUCAGAGGUUGCCGAUGAAGAAGAUGAUGGUGACAAUGACACCAAGAAUAAUCGUGGUCAAAGCAAUGGAGGUGGCAAUGGAGGUGGCUUCUUUGACAAGUUAAAGGAGGAGAUUGAACUGCGGAAGCAAAUGAACAUUGCUGAAUUGAAUGAACUUGAUGAAGUUACUCGUGUUGAGAUAGAAGGUUUUAGAACUGGGACUUACCUUAGAAUUGAAGUUCGUGAUGUGCCCUAUGAAAUGGUUGAUAAUUUUGAUCCUUUUCAUCCUAUUCUUGUCGGUGGUCUUGCGCUGGGGGAGGAAAAUGUGGGAUAUAUGCAGGUACGGUUGAAGCGGCAUAGAUGGCACAAGAAAGUAUUGAAGACUAGAGACCCUAUAAUCAUGUCUAUUGGAUGGAGACGCUACCAAACUGUACCAAUAUAUGCCAUUGAGGACCGUAAUGGGCGUCUUCGCAUGCUCAAAUAUACUCCAGAACAUAUGCAUUGUGUGGCAAUGUUUUGGGGCGCACUUGCUCCUCCUCAUACUGGGGUUGUUGCUAUCCAGAACUUAGCUAAUAAUCAGGCAUCAUUUAGGAUUACUGCUACUGCUACAGUCCUAGAGUUCAACCAUGCUGCAAAGAUAGUAAAGAAGCUCAAGCUAGUCGGUACUCCUUGUAAAAUCUUCAAGAAGACGGCUUUCAUACAGGACAUGUUUACUUCAGAUCUUGAAAUAGCUAGGUUCGAAGGCGCUGCUAUUCGAACUGUUAGUGGAAUCCGUGGUCAAGUGAAGAAGGCUGCUAAAGAAGAGAUUUCUAACAAGUCCACGAAGAAGGGUGGAGUUGCGAAGGGCGGCAUUGUUAGAUGCACAUUUGAGGAUAGAAUAAAAAUGGGCGACACCGUUUUCUUGCGUGCUUGGAUUCAGGUGGAAGUUCCUCGUUUUUACAACCCUCUGACAACAGCGUUGCAGCCGCGUGAUAAGACCUGGCAGGGAAUGAAAACAGUUGCCGAGCUAAGGAGGGAAAAUAACCUUCAAGUGCCAGUUAACAAGGAUUCACUCUACAGGCCCGUUGAAAGGAAGCCGAGGAAGUUCAAUCCAUUGGUUAUCCCCAAGUCACUACAGGCAGCUCUCCCGUUUGCAUCGAAACCGAAGGACUUACCUGCUCGACAACAGCCAUUGCUUAAGGAUAGGAGAGCUGUGGUCAUGGAGCCUCAUGAAAGAAAAGUGCAUGCUCUUGUCCAACAACUUCUACUCAUUAAAACUGAGAAGACGAGAAAACGGAAACUGAAGGAAGCGGAAAAGAGGAAGGUACUAGAAGCGGAGAAAUCAAAGGAAGAGCAGAUCUCGAAAAAGAGACAACGGGAGGAACGACGGGUAAGGUACCGAGAAGAGGACAAAAUGAAGAAGAAGAAGAUCCGCAGGAAUCCACAAUCAUGAUCGUUUUAGCUGGUUCAUGCGCCUUACUGAAACGGUAUGCCUUCAAAAUCUCUCAAUCAAGUGUAGAUGAAGCCCCCUUCAUCUACACUUGAUGUGCAUGCAGACACGUCGGCAUUCGACGCGUUUCUUAAAAAAAAAAAAAGGGUUUUAGAAGUUGCGUCCUAUGUCGUGCCCCGUGUCUAUAUAUGUUAUAGAUGGUCCAAAUUUUGAUGCACCCUAGUAUACAUAGCGUGAUAAAUUGAAGUUGAAUUACUCCCAAAAAGCUACUUACAACAGCUUGCAUCUUGAAGAUUUUUUGUAGAGUUAUAUCUGGCACCUAGCAUUCUCAUUGGAUGGUCCCAAAAUGCGACUUUAUAGACCUUAGUUUUGUACUUUGUAGUGUGUAAUUCUUCGGCUUCGUUUAUUUGUUUCUAUUUUCUUCCUUUUGCUGCGACCCUUUUUUCAAAGAAUAGCAUUUAUGACA